AUGCCUAAUUAGAUUCCUCAACCUGUCCCGUUGGACUAAAAAAUUUUACUUACCUCCAUUACAUAUCACAAAUUAGAAAGACGUAUUACUUGAAAUUAAUUCGUCCUCAAAUUAUUUCAAUUCGGCACAUGGGCACGCCCCGUUCUGAUCAACCGCAAACUAGAUCAUGUAAAACAGCUUUAGGCUCCACCUGCUGCGUAGUAAUGCUGCGACAUUUUGUUUAUACUGGAAGUCAUUUGCUCAAAGAAGCCGGAAUAGACUAAAGAGCAGUGUUAAUAAAUUAAACAUCCGAAAAACGAAAGUAUAACUCCCAUGACUGACAUGACAUUGGCAAAAUUCUAGAAGAUAAGCCAGAAACUUAAAAAUAUAAUAGAAUACAUUACAGGCAAAUGUUCUCGGUGAGGGAGCGCCCUUAUGCGUUUCGGUCGCAGCAAUGUCGGAACAGAUAAUGUGUAAUUCGUAUAACUCAAGCUUGUCUCAUCUCGCAAUAAACGUUCGUUUCUGCACAAUACUCAAUUAUUUUAUUGUAAAAAUGACAUCAGAAUCUAAACCAAAAAUUGUUGUUAUUGGAUCGUGCAGUGUAGAUUUUACAACAUAUGCUCCAAGACUUCCCAGUCCGGGAGAAACAUUACAUGGGACCAAAUUCGUUACCAGUUAUGGAGGGAAAGGAGCUAAUCAAUGUGUAGCUGCAGCAAAGUUGGGUGGCAACGCUCACAUGAUUUGUAAAUUAGGAGACGAUCAAUGGGGCAAGAAAUAUAAAGAACAUUUAAAGGAAUGUGGUGUAAAUGUUACAUAUAGCCAUAAUGCAGCAAAUUCAAUGACUGGAAUCGCUCAAAUAUCGGUUGCCGAAAAUGGAGAGAAUCAAAUAGUAAUCGUCCCUGGUGCAAAUAAAUUGCUCAGCAAGUCAGACGUUCAAGAGGCUCUUGUACUUAUAAAGAAUGCUGAUAUUCUGAUAGGUCAACUAGAAAUUCCAUAUGAGACAACCCUGGAAGCCUUCAAAUUAAAUAAGGGUCUGAGACUAUUGAAUGCUGCACCUGCAAUGCAAGACAUUCAUGAAAUAUUCCCGUACUGUUCUAUACUUUGUGUGAAUGAAAGUGAAGCUUCUUACCUCACAAAUAAUUCUGUUACAUUAUCCAAUGCGGCACAUGCUCUACUCAGAUUACUAGACACUGGGUGUGAGACAGUUGUUAUAACGCUGGGUGAAAAGGGAGCAGUGUAUGCAACUAAAUACGAUCGCAAAGGAAUACACGUCCUAACGCGCAGCGUUAAGCCAGUGGACACAACUGGUGCCGGCGACGCUUUUGUGGGAGCUCUGGCUACAUUUUUAGUCAAAUAUAAAACUCUCCCAUUGCACCAAAUAAUAGGCGCUGCAUGCGAAGUUGCUACGAUCUCUGUUACACGGGAAGGUACACAAACAAGCUACCCUACAGAUUAUAAACCUUUUGCUAAGGAAUAUGAGUAUAUAAGUUUAUAAAAUAAAAAAUGUUUUUAAUCCUAGAAAAUUGUUGUAACAGA